GAAGAGAAUCACUUCCUGUGACCCAGCUGCGUCACUUCCACUUAAGAUCGGCGUCUGGGCGGUGGGCACUCACGCGGUUUCAACAUGCGGAUUGAGAAGUGUUAUUUCUGUUCGGGCCCUAUUUACCCCGGCCACGGCAUGAUGUUUGUCCGCAACGAUUGCAAGGUGUUCAGAUUCUGUAAAUCCAAGUGUCAUAAAAACUUUAAAAAGAAGCGGAAUCCUCGCAAGGUCAGGUGGACUAAAGCAUUCCGUAAAGCAGCUGGUAAAGAGCUUACAGUGGAUAAUUCAUUUGAAUUUGAAAAACGUAGAAAUGAACCUGUCAAAUACCAGCGAGAGUUAUGGAAUAAAACUAUUGAUGCAAUGAAGAGAGUUGAAGAGAUCAAACAGAAGCGCCAAGCUAAAUUUAUAAUGAACAGAUUAAAGAAAAAUAAAGAAUUACAGAAAGUUCAGGACAUCAAAGAAGUCAAGCAAAACAUUCAUCUUAUCCGGGCCCCUCUUGCAGGCAAAGGAAAGCAGCUGGAAGAAAAAAUGGUGCAGAAAUUACAACAGGAUGUGGACAUGGAGGAUGUUUCUUAAAAAUCUCACUGUUUCUUUAAGUGUUUUUGAAAAUCUCUUUAGGAGACCAGGAACUUCUAAGUUAUCAAUUUAUAUUUUAAAUAAGGUCACUCAAAUGAGAGGUAAUUAAAAAUACACCUCUCCUACAUUGCUAUCAUUAUGGCUGUUAGAUUGCAUCUCCAUGUUAAACCUACUGAGAGUUAUAUUUAUGUAAGUCAUGCAAAUUCUCCUUGUAAAUACAAAUGUGGACAUAAAAUGGUCCUGCUGUUUGGAUAGUGGUACUAGGCAGAUUUAUGUGAAUGAACAACAGAAUUCAUGGUCAGCAAUAUGUAAAAUAAAUUUUCUUUGCAGUAAAGUAUUCCCUUUGUUAAUACUAUAGAAAGGGGGCUUACAACAAAGAACUAAACCUGUAUGAUAAUUAGCUGUAAGUAAUCUUUUGAUUUCAGUAUUUGUUUUGGUUUCUUAGCAUCUUAGAAGAGCAUAUUGGCCUCACAUAUUGAAACUUUAUUAUGUUGGACUGUGUUGACCUGCUUUAACUGUUUUGAUAGACAGCUCUUAAUGCUGGGGGUGAUAGCUGAACAGUGUGCUCAUGAAGUGGCACCGUAUACUUUCCACUUUGGAGAAUACUUAAUUCUGAGCUUACUGAUAGAAAAUAUAUUUUUCCAGCAUAGCAAUGAUUUAAAAGCAGAGGAAUUGCAGUGUCUUUUAAGAUAUAUCAUGUGGCUUUCUUUUAUAAAGCUCCUAAUUGUUCUUGGAAAAUAGAAUUUAGGGUUUUAGCAUCACAAAUUAUUUGCACAUAAGAUCCUUUUUUUCCAACAUAUCUGCAAGUUUUUCGUUUAGAAAAACGUAAAAAAGAAAGUAUUAGUGGGAAGAAAAUAAUUCCCUCACUCCUACAUACUACUGAAAUAGAUACAUUUUUAAUUAAAAAUAUAUUCUGGAUAUGUAAUAUUUUUAUAUUUCUACAUUAUUUGCAACUUUAAAGAUAGUAACUCAGUUGUAUUGUUUUUUGAGGACAGAACUUAGAAUAAAUUAUAAUCAUAGGGUUCUAUAGGGGAAAUAAUGUAAGAAAUCAAAGACUUGUUAAAUUAUUUGAAGUUUUCACUCCAUAGAUGUAUGUUUGCUUUACUAUAGACAUAUUUAAGAUUACCUCCUGUUAGAUUUCCUACCUUGUUAGUUAGCAAACUGUUGCCUUAAGU